AUUGGAAUGAGGCGGCGAGCGGAGCGCUGGAGAGCCCGAGCCCCGGCAGCUAGCGGCGCAGGGCUGGAAAAACUCGCCGCAGUGUUCUUGCUUGAACUCCCUGGAUGUCUGUAGAAGCAAAGGUGGGAAACCGCACAUGAGCACCAGACAGUGACAGGGUUGGCUCCCAAGACUUCCUGCUACUGCGCAUUACUGCUGGAUUGCUGUGGAAAUGAAUGGAGAACAGCAGCAUGAUGCAGAUGCUGGGUCUGGUGUGGAAGAAGCAGAAUUCAAUUGGGAUGAGUAUCUAGAAGACACUGGAGCAACUGCAGCCCCCCAUGGAUCUUUUAAACACGUGGACACUAGUUUGCAGAAUGGCUUUGCCCCUGGUAUGAAGAUAGAGGUUGCUAUCAAGUCUGACCACAACAACUACUGGGUAGCCACGAUCAUCACUACCUGUGGGCAGUUGCUCCUAUUACGCUACGAUGGCUAUGGGGAAGACCGCAAGGCAGACUUUUGGUGCGACAUCAUGACAGCUGACUUACACCCAGUUGGUUGGUGUGAGCAGAACAAAAAGAUUCUCAAAGUGCCUGAAGGUAUCAAGGAUAAGAUAUCUGACCAGGAAGAAUUCCUUCGACAGACACUGACAGGAGCAUGCAGUGCUCCUGCUAACCUGCUAGAGGGUCUUCACAGAGGGAAGAAUCCCUUGGAUCUCAUUGCACCAGGCUCCAGACUGGAAUGUCAAAACUCCCAAGACUCCUUGGCAGCCUGGAUUGUCAAGGUGGUGGAAAAUGUUGGCGGGAGGCUCAAGUUGCGCUACGAAGGUUUGGUAGAUUCUGACCAGUCUGAUCAGUGGAUGUUCUACUUGGAUCCAUUUCUUCAUCAAAUGGGCUGGGCAGCUCAACAGGGAUAUGACCUCCAACCUCCAGCAGCUAUCCGGUCCCUGAAGAGUGAGGCAGAAUGGCAGGACAUCUUGACAAAGGUGAAAGAGGAAGAAGAAGGGUCCUCAGUACCCACUGAUCUCUUUAAGGACAAGCCAGUGAUUGGAGUGCAUUCAUUCACUGCAAGCAUGAAGUUAGAGGCUGUGGAUCCAGUAGCACCUUUUGUCCUCUCUCCUGCCUCAGUUGUUAAGGUGUUCAAUGAAAAAUAUUUCUUGGUGGAAAUUGAUGACUUGCGACCAGAAUGCACAACCAGCCGGUCAUACAUUUGUCAUGUCAACAGUGCUGGUAUCUUUCCUGUGCAGUGGAGUCUGAAAAAUGGUUUGCAUCUCAGCCCUCCACCAGGUUAUCCCGGGCAGGACUUUGAUUGGGCGGACUACCUCAAACAGUGCGGUGCUGAGGCUGCUCCCCAGAGCUGCUUUCCUUUGCUAACUUCCAACCAUGGAUUUAAAGAGAACAUGAAGCUUGAGGCUGUGAACCCUGUUGAUCCAGGGGAAAUUUGCAUUGCCACAGUCACCAAGGUGAAAGAGUCCUACCUUUGGCUUCAAUUGGAGGGCUCCAAAAGGCCAGUUCCUGAAUGCAUAGUGAGUGUGGAAUCGAUGAAUAUAUUUCCAGUGGGUUGGUGUGAGACCAACGGAUACCAGCUCAGACCUCCUCGCAGAGCAAUAGUGAACAAACAGAGGAAAAUUGCUGUGGUUCAACCAGAGAAACAAAUUUUGUCUUCAAGGACUGUCCAUGAGAGGCUGAAGAACCAGGAACUGAAUUCCACUGACUCAGUUGUAAUUAAUGGAAAGUACUGCUGUCCAAAGAUCUACUUCAACCACCGUUGCUUCUCAGGACCUUACCUUAACAAAGGGAGAAUUGCAGAGCUGCCUCAGUCUGUGGGACCUGGGAACUGCGUUCUUGUCCUUAAAGAGGUUCUCACUUUAUUGAUCAAUGCAGCCUACAAACCUAGCCGUGUCCUUCGAGAACUCCAGCUGGAUGAGGAUGCUGCCUGGCAUGGGCAUGGAGAGACCCUGAAAGCAAAGUACAAAGGGAAGAGUUACCGUGCCACUGUGGAGGUUGUGAGAACAGCAGAUCGGGUGGCAGAUUUCUGUAGAACAACCUGCAUCAAACUGGAAUGCUGUCCAAAUCUCUUUGGCCCACAGAUGGUGCUAGAUAAGUGUUCAGAGAACUGCUCUGUCCUGACAAAGACCAAAUACACACACUAUUAUGGGAAGAGGAAAAACAAAAGGAUUGGCCGACCACCAGGUGGCCACAGUAAUCUGGAAGCAGUCAUGAAGAAACCAAGCAAGAGGAGGAAGAGACGAAAACACUUCUUUGUCCAUAAGAAAAAACGUUCUUCCACCUCAGUGGACAACUCUCCAGUUGGAUCUCCCCAGGGCAGUGGGGGAGAGGAAGAGGAUGACCAGGAUGACAUAGAUGAAGAAUCAUUGAGUGAGGACAGCACCUCAGAGCAGCAAGAUGAACUGCUUGAAGAGUCAGAAGUGUCGGAGAAGAAAUCACGGUCCUCCUCUCCCACACAAAGUGAACUGUCCCACUGCCUGGCUCAGGAUCAAGACAAGCGGAAGAGGAAGCUCCGGACCUUUUCCUUCUCUGAUGAUGAAAAUAAACCCCCUUCACCAAAGGAAAUAAAGAUUGAAGUUGCCGAAAAGCUGCAGCUGGACAGUAACCCUCUGGAAUGGAGCGUGGCUGACGUCGUGCGGUUCCUCAAAUCCACAGACUGCGCCCCGUUAGCCAGAAUUUUCCUGGAUCAGGAAAUAGAUGGUCAGGCGCUUCUCCUGCUCACCCUCCCCACUGUUCAGGAGUGCAUGGACUUGAAACUUGGGCCAGCCAUUAAACUUUGCCAUCACAUUGAAAGGGUCAAACUUGCUUUUUAUCAGCAGUUUGCUAACUGAGGGGUGGCCAAAUGGAAGUGGACCUUUGGAAGCACAACUGCAGCAACAUGCUCCUCCCUUUCUGGCAGGGAAAGCCAAAUGGAGUUAAACUGAGGCUCCAGUUCUGCUGACCUACAAACAUCUGUUCAGCCACAGUUUUGCACUUUGAGGGAAGGAAGACAACAUCUGGAGCAAAAUGUCAAUCAAACAUAGGAGCUACCCUACCAGCUGGCUGCUAGCUUGCGAACACGAGUCUCUCACUCUGUUGAUCACGUCUUUUUUAAUUUUUUAAAAAUGGUUACAGAAACUUUCCUAUAGGGAGACAGAUGUUUCAAGAGUUCUGGUGGUGCAGAAUUAAAAAAGGUAAAGGAGAGACAGAUGCCAUGUAAGUGAGAAGGCAGCUACUGGAAAAUGUUUUUCCUAUUCCUAACCAAUCAAGAAGAACUCCAUUUCCUUUCUCUGAAAGAGAACAUUUGCUUUAAGACAGCACUGGCUUUGGGAUGUGCUCUUUACACAUCAGCGCUUUUUUAAUUUAAAUUAGCUCAUUGUCAGGACAACAAUGCGGCCACAGGAUUCUGAAUGUACGGUAUAGCAAGAGUUGUUUCUUUUAUAUUAGUGUUUUUGGAUUCUUUUUUUUUUUUUAAACUACCUCUGCCACCUGCCCAGUAAAAGUGGUUACUGAGGAUAGGAGGGGGUUAAUUCUUUUGAGAAGUUCAUUGGUAGCUGUACAGCAGCUGUUGUUCCUUAGAGAGAUCUAAAGCUCAGAACCUUAUCACCAUGGAGUUCUGAUCUCCAAGUAAGCUCUGUUCCAAAGCUUUGACUGAAAACAGCAUAAAUUUGUUUGGCACUUCAGGAGCAUCAUCUUUUUCCUUAGGAGGAGUUUGGAAAAUAUACUGCUUUGCACUCUCUCUCUCCCUGUUGAGGGUGGGAGAAAGAGAAAGGGCUCCCUAUUCUGCAUCCUGGCUGUCAGGUAGAAUUACUGGACCUAUCUUUUAAAAACAUGGCUUGAAUCUCUUUGUCCCUUUUCUACCUGUACAAAGUAGCUGGGAUCAUAGCAGAGCAUGUUAAAUGCUGCUCUUCUCCCUGCCCCCACUACAUGAAUCUCAGGUCCAUGUGUAAACUAGGAAAAUUCACCAUCCGUUCAGCUCCACCAGAGAAGGCAAGAGUGGGAGCUGCAGUGUGGACAUGACUCAGGUUUUUUUGACUCAGAGAAGGCCAUUUGGCAAAAGUGAUUUGAAAACUAAGCCCUGCCUACACUAACUUCUGCCAGUGGAGCUGCACUAGUGGUGAACUGCGUGUCAGGCCUGAAUGGAAUCAGAUAGCCAUCAUAAGGAGCUCUGUACAGCUGUUCUCUUCAUAAGCUUUUAGUGGGCAACAGAGCCAACCUUACUGUCUAAUACUGCUGUGUGAAAUGGCAUCAAACCUCAGACUCACUUGAAAAGGAGCAUUGAGUUCCAGAUUCUAUGCAUUCAUCAACCUCUGCCUGUGUUCGUAAAUGUCUGGGGGAACAUGAGCCGAGAUUUUACAUACAGGUGGGAAAUCAGAAAGCAUGCCUUCCCUGCUUUUCCCUCCACUCAAACUCCUGCAGAAAGCCCUGAGGCAGGCACUAGGACACUUGAAGAAAGUAGGGGAUGCUGGUGCUUGCUAAGGGAGUUUAUUUGAGGAGGCAGUGCAGGAAAGAAAUGUUUAUUGGCUUCCAAGAUGUAAGGUAGCUAGAGGCUGGCCAUAGAGGCAGUCUGAGCUCCAUGCAAGCCUACUGGGUUUAGUUCCUAGGAUGUUGUAUGAACCAAACUGUAGGGUUCAGGUAGGGAAUCCUUUGUAAACUGAAAAGUGUAGGGUUCACCUUGUCCUAGUGUCCAUUCUUGGCCCAUCCAAGACACUGAGGGGAAGUGAAUGCAGUGAAGCAGCUUUCAUUGAGAGCAGCUCUGGAUAAGCAGAGGGUUUCUUUUGCUGCAAGUCCCUUGGAAUAGUUCAGUCAAGGCAAAAAUAUUUAGAGAAGUGCUAAAUUCCAAAGAAUCCUUCUCCACCCUAAAAUAAAAAUCUAAAUGUAAGACAAACUAUUUAACAGUUAGUACCCUUUGGGAGGGGGGAGGUUUGAGAAUGAGAUGCACACUCCUUUCUUUUGUUUUUCAAUCCAUAGCUAGCGAGGUUUAAAACAUAUUUUUAUUGAAAUCAUGUCCCAAUCUCCUCCCAAUAUGUAUCUAAUAAUGGAAAUUUUGGUUCUUGAUUUUUCCCUUGGGGAAAUGAAGUGACUUUUGGCACUUCACCUUGACAGACUUGACCAACAGGCAACAUCAGACUGGAUGAUCAUACAGAACAAGGUUUCCAAGGCCCUCUAUUAAUUGAAGGAAAAGCUGACUCCAAACUCUGUUGACAGCUCUGUAGCCAAGACUGCUGCAUUUCCCUCCUGAUAAAAAUGGGUGUGUUUAGGUAGAUGUCAGAAAAGUACAGAACUUAAACAUAAAGAGAUAUUUAACAGACUUUUUAUCACAAAGUCUAGGGUUUUGUUUUAAAGUAUAAAUUUCAUACUCCAUUUGUCAGCUGCUUCAGAGGCCAGUGAAGUAGCUACAGGUCACCUUGGGCAUGUUUUAUAGGCUGAUUUUUCUGCCUCACUUUGGAAGGCAUUUGCAGUCUGAUCCCAAUGGGAUCCACUUCUAUUUGAGUUUUCAAAAGGGAUGUUUUCCAUUGUUUGUGUAUAAUGUUUCUAUGCUGCACACAUGUUCUUGUACACUUCACUUCCUGGGGAAAAUGCACUCUGUCUUUAUUGCUAGAUUUAAAGGGGAUAUUUGGGGAUUGCCUAUGGAUGGUCUUUUCAUUUGAUACUGUUUUAAAAGAUCCUUUUCCAUCUACAAUACGAAGAGGUAUUUUGGCUUAUAUCUGUUGAUCUUACACUGACAUGACUUGAAAUAGGCUCACAUGCUAUGGAAGUUCCUUUGUUUCUGCAGAAUUAGAUAGCUUUGAGUAGUUUGUUGGGUGAAUCUUGGGCAUUAGGCUAAUCAUAUCUUCAUCAGCAGGAGUUGCUGUGACCUGAACUGGCUUCAGGGAUUAUACUGUAUCCACUUGCCAUAAGUGUUGCAUGGGAGGUGGGCAGUGGUGUUUUGCAAGUCUCUAGGGAAUCUUCACUACAGGAAAAUGAGCUCCUUAUUAGGUACCACUCAUUGUAUAUACAGAGGUAAAGGAGGCUCUUCCAUGGCUGACCAGUUGAGGAGCACAGGAUUUACUUUUCCUGUCUCCCUCACUUCUUUUAAUAUUAUAAACUUGAGUGGCUGCAUUAUACAGUCUGAGUUUAGCACAUCAUAGCUUUAGAAAACUUGGGGUGCUACCCGCAUAGCAUUUACUUAUGGGGCUACAUUUAGCCAUGUUGAGCAAGCAGAUUUCAUUAGCGGGCUGGUUUAUUGUACUCCCUGCACUAGUAGAAAAUGAGCCCAUAGCAGAGAGGUGCUUGGUCUCUAAAAAUGUGAAUGUUAUAACAUCCCUUGGAUGGCAAGUGAACAUGUCCCAUUUACUGCCAGGUUCAAGAGCAGCUUUUAGCCGACUCUCCCAAACAGGCAGAGAUGAAAGGAAAGAGACCCUUCCAAAAAGGGAAAGGUACACGACUGAUCAUACUGAUCUAAAACUACUUCCAAUUUUUUUCUAGCAUUUAAAAAAAAAAGCAAGUAACUGUCUGGGGAACCAGGUAGAAAGCCAUUCACAUUUGGGGAUGGUACAGAAUGCCAAUGAGCUUUCCAGACCCUUAUGGAUUUGAUAAAGACAGCAUGUUUGAUGGGACUCAGGUGUAGAAUUUAGAUUUCUGCCUAUCACAACACUAAGAGUUCUCUGUUGUGGUGACAGACUUCGAUGCUAGAUUUCUUAUUCCCAAUUCUAAUGAUAUAUAUAGAGAAGAGAGGACUGUUAAGUUGCUAAGUUCAAAGCAAUAUAAAUAUAUUUAUUUCUUGCAGGACUUAGCACUCCAUUUUUCCACAUGAUGUACAAAGAUUUUAUAUAUAACUAGCAUGAGGCUUGAUUGGCUUAUGAGAUCUUGAUGGCAGCCAAAUCAAACCCAUCAAAUUCUGCAGUUUAAGACUGGAUAGGAAAUGGAUGCCUUCGCAAAUCCACCCCACUGUUGUGUUCAGGACAAAAGAGCAAGGCAAGUACAUUGGCAAAAGAAAAGUCACUGGAUUAGGUAACCUUAUCAUAAAGCCAAAAAUAUGAUACUAUACAUAGCUUCUUCCUAACCAGCUGCUGUAGGACUGGUUACUGCCCUACUGUGAGUUUUGAAUACAUUCACUAAGCACAAAGGCCCAGUCCUCAAAGGUAUUUAGGCUCUUAACUUCCAUUGAAAUGAGUGGAAGUUAGGAGGCUAAAUACCUUUGAGGAUCUGGGCCAAUGUAACUGAGUAUGUCUGAAGACUUCUUAAAUGUUGGUUGAAAACUCCAUUUCAAAUUAAUGAUGUGCUGAGCCACAUUUUAGUGUGUUGCCUAACUUUUCCCAAAUCAUACAAAUAGCCUUGUUUUUGAAGGCAGCCUUAUGGGUGAAAGGUUAGAGUGGGUCUUGGAUACACUAAUUACAGUAUAAGCUUUAUUAUUGUAAUUUGCCUUUUUUUAAUAUCAUAUUUGAAAACUGACCAGCAAAAAUGGAGUAUAAGAUUGGUGGGACUCCAGUAUCUCCAUGCUGGAUUCUAGCUCACCAUAAGUUGGAUCUGUCAAUGUGCUGCAGCAUAUCACACACGGCAGAUGGAAUUGUUUGAUCAGAAGAUAAACGUGGUCUGUUUAGUCUGACACCAAUGGUGAGAGGCUGAGCCCUAAGCCAUGGAAGUCAGCAGAUCUCACUCUGACAAACUUCAGAAGCAGAGGAUCUAAGUGACUUAGCACAAUCAAGCUGACACCUGUGAUUGGCUCUGCUGUCUCAUGAGUACCUCUGAAAGUCUCCAGCAUUGCUGAGCAUGAGGAAAACAACGCAGAUCUGGCUUUAGUGGUGAGGCUGGAGCUCUCGGUCAAGCAGGGUGAAUGCAUAGAUGAGUUUGUGAAGUCCAGGCAAAAAUUAAUACCUGCCCCUUCCAGAAGUCGUCUAGCUCCAGUUUCCAAGAAGCCUCAUGGGAAGAUAUUUUCUGUGUUUCUCUUGAGGUCUCAUGUUUCUCCUCCCUGUUCUUUUGUUUGUUUUUACUUCUGUUAAAGCCUUUGCAGACAAUCAGAGGUCUGCUGGGAGACUCCAUCCUGGCUAGUAUCAUCACCAUGCAUAGGCCUCUUUCUUAUACUAAAUCAUUGGAAUCGAUGCACUUUUCCCAUAUUUUGCCUUUUUAAAUUAGCUGCUUGUUGUUCAACCAACCAACAACAACAAAACCCAAUUUAAAUGCAUAUUGUGUUUGUGUCCUUCCUGCUUGCUUUUUUCAUUUUUAUAUAAUAUAUGCAUUGAGAGUGAAAUAUGAAAUGGAGAAGAAGUAUGCACAAGAAAAUAUGCCUAUCUAUUCCCAUCAUUUUUGAUAGGUAUAGCAAUUUAAUCAAAAGGUUUUUAAAAAUAUUUUGGAUGAAUAUUUUGCUUCUUUCUCUGUAAAUAAGAGUGUACAGAAGUUUGUGGUAUAUUAUGACAGUUUUAAGUGGU